AUGAAUCGAGAAUUUCCGACCAUCAUUAAAUAUGAAAAGAACCUUAAACACGAUUUGAAGUUCAAGCUUGACAGAAUUCGUGAAGUUGGAACUUGCAGUCCUCAAAAAUUUCGUACAACUGUCGAGGAUAAAAAUGUCAGUUCAGUCAACAAUUUAUAUGAUUCAUUUGACAUUGUUCAAUUCUAUGGUGAAAAGCAGUCGUGUCCAUAUUUUCCAGUGAAUUUGGGAUCACAUUUCUUAAGGUUGCAAGUUCUUGUUAUCCGUAAUUCAAAUCUACAAUUUCUCUUCAGCAAUGAUCUUGAUGAAUUGAAUGACUUGAGAGUUUUUGAUGUUUCAUCCAAUCCAAUCGAAUAUUUUCCAUCAAUAGCUAAGAAAUAUCAUUUAAUCAUUCAAAUUAAACAUUUGCCAAAUUUGUACAUAAGACGAUUUGGCUUAGAGGCACAGGAGUUGGAAAAUGAAACAGACGAUGCGGGUUCGAGACUCGACACAAUUUUCUCUGUUGUGCCUUCAAAUGCACAAGGAGCCGAUGAUGUUAGAAGCUUUUCAGUUCCAAUGCUUUCGGAGGACUCAGUGGACAGAGAAAUCUCAGUGAAUGUCGAAGCUUUUGCUAAGUUUUCUGAAGAUGGAAGUUCAUCGAAAAAAUUUGGAUCGAUAAAUCUCAGGUGA